ACUUUUUGAAGCAUUUUGGUGAAAGACUUGAACAAACCUUCAAUUACAGAGAUCUUCUUGAGCAAAAUGAUGCCAUAUAGCAACACAAUAAAUAUAUCAUCAAUUUGAGAAAAAAAAAAAGGAAAUUACAGUGAUAUUAAUUUGUUUUGUUUAAGGCUUGCGCGCAAAGGCCAACAUUUUGCAACUUGUAAACUGAGCAUAGGAGUGGUGGAGCAAGGGAGGAGGAGGCAGUCUGAAAGAAGAGGAGUAGGUGGAGGAGGAGGGGGAAGAGGAGGAGGGGGAAGAGGAAGAGGAGAAGAGAGGGAUGCCGGGAGGCGCUGCCCCAUGUUAACAGCUCAGUCUGGUGAAGGAGAGCAGAGGAGCUCUGUGGCUGUCCGUCCGCUUCCCCUCCCCCCCCACGGCCGGCCUUUAAUGUCAGGGGCCACACUGCUCGCGCGCUGCCUGCAGGGAGGAGGAUGAUGACCAUGAACGGCAAGCAGCAUUUCUCCAUGCAUCCGGCCCUGCACGAGCCGCCAAAGUAUCCCGGCCUGCACUCAGGCUCGGAGGGCAUGCGCAGAGUCUGUCUGCCCGGCCCGCAGCUGCAGGGCAAUAUAUUCGGAGGCUUUGAUGAGAGCCUGCUGGCACGGGCAGAGGCUCUGGCGGCUGCUGACAGCAUUGUCUCUCACGGCAAGAGUCACCCGUUCAAACCAGACGUGACUUACCAUACCAUGAGCAGUGUCCCCUGCACCUCAGCCUCCUCCUCUUCCUCCACCACCGUGCCCAUCUCCCACGUCCCCUCCACCAUCGCCUCCCACCACCACCACCACCACCACCACCUCGGACAGACCCUGGAGGCCGGGGACCUCCUGGAUCAUCUCUCCAACAGCCUGGCCGUGAGCGGGAUGGGGGCUCCGGAGCCACCCGGGAUGAACACGUCGGCGCACCACCACCAGCAUCCCCAUCACCACCUCCAGACCAUGGGGCAGCUGCACCAGGCGAUGGCCACACUGGCGCACCCUCACUCUCUGUCCGUGCACGGCGGCAUGGCGUGCGUCAACGACGUAGAAUCUGAUCCGCGUGAACUGGAAGCCUUCGCCGAGCGCUUCAAGCAGAGAAGGAUCAAACUCGGAGUGACCCAGGCGGACGUUGGAUCUGCUCUCGCCAACCUGAAGAUCCCCGGAGUGGGAUCUUUGAGCCAGAGCACCAUCUGCAGGUUCGAGUCCCUCACCUUGUCCCACAACAACAUGAUCGCGCUAAAGCCAGUUUUGCAGGCCUGGCUGGAGGAAGCAGAGGCUGCUUACCGGGAGAAAAGCAGUAAGCCGGACCUUUUCAACGGGAGCGAGAGGAAACGAAAGCGCACCUCCAUCGCCGCGCCGGAGAAGCGCUCUUUGGAAGCCUACUUUGCCAUCCAGCCUCGGCCCUCCUCGGAAAAAAUCGCGGCUAUCGCAGAGAAACUGGACCUGAAAAAGAACGUGGUUCGAGUGUGGUUUUGUAACCAGCGGCAGAAACAGAAACGAAUGAAAUACUCUGCGGUGCACUGAGUUUCACACAUCAUCAUGAAUAAAAUAGCCUACUACAUUUUUGAUCGAGUGAUUAAUAAUAGCCUAAGUAGCCUAACUAACAGGGAUUAUUAACAGCUCUUCACGUCUCAUCUGGGAUUAUCUGCAAAAGACUUUUACUUUGACAUUUUCUGUUCGUGUCACCCACUCCUUGUUGCACUUUUUGCGAUUUUGUUGUUAAUAUCGGACUGAUAAAUGAUUGUGUUAUUGAUCCGUGAGGAGGCAGAUUUUGAUGUUGUUGCUCGUGUUUAUUGCACACACUAAAUAUGAACUUUGCACCCUGGCAGUUUGUCACAUUCAGGGAUAUUAACUCACUUUUUAAAAUGGAGUUCAAACGGCCUCAAUGGUAGGCUGUUUGUUUUUCAGUGGUAUUAUACCAGGCUUUAAGAAGAGAAGGGAAUUAUGAUUUUCUUUUUUUUUUUUAAAUCAGGAUCAAUGUUUAUCCUCAACUUCACUGACUCACAUUCGAAAUUUGUUUUUCAUACAUUUUCAAGGUCGAUGAUGGAAACUAAUUGUCUCUGUUCGUGAAAUGUGUGAUAGUCAUUUACGCACAAAUAUGAAUAAUUACGCGUUCACACGGUAUGACACACUGAGUCUGUUUAUCUUGAAUUAUUUAGAAAAGGAAAUGACACCAUCUUAUAAAAUGAGGCACCUCUGUGUGGCUUUGGCUGCUGCUAUAUUUUAGUAUUUUGCUGUGAACGUGUUUUGGAGUAUUACAGGUGAGCUAUAUUUAUUAUAUAGCGAAGAUAUAUACAGUCUACAGCCCUUAAUCACCUUAUUUAAGUAUUUAUUUUUUUCUCACUAUAGUUUCACUUGAUUCAAAUGUGUGAAGUAUAAACUUAAUAAAUUAUUGGUAAUUUUCUACAAUUUCUCUGAAGCAGCGACUUGAUUUGUGUGCUUGAAGCUUCAUUUAAUUCAUUUUGAGCAGCAGAAUAUAUCAAUAAUGUUUGAAGUUUACGAAAUGGGAAAUCAAACUGGAUCCUGAGCAGCACCAUUAGGCGAUAAAAUAUUUGUUUGUUUUCAGAAACUGGCUCACUUGUUUUAUUUAUAAAUCCCAGAACCUCUGCUGGGAUUAACUAUGUAUUGUCAUACAUGAUAUAAGCGCCAGAGGAAAUAAAAGGCUUCCUUUUUCUCUCUGUAAUUUUCACACCGCGAAGUCGCACCACGCGCGACUCUCCACGCGCUUCCCUCAUUAGUGCUCUUUGAAUUAUAAAUGUCCGCGUGUCACGGGUUGUGUCGUCCUUGCAUGGGCUU